AUGGGCGGGGGCCGCUCUUCAACGCCUCCGAAGCCAACAGUGAAGUAUACCUGUGGGUUUUGCUCGCACUCCACCGACAGCGAAAGCAAUCUUCGCGAUCACAAAAAGAGUCACCAGUGCAGUCAUUGCAAUGAGCACUUCAGCAAUUUGACGGCGCAUCAGGAUGUAUGCCAUGCCGUGAUGAUCCAAUGUACCGUUUGCUCCACCCGUAUUUCGAGGGGACGCAUGGCAGCGCACAUUGAGACUCACAGGUGCUCCAACUGCCACCAACUCGUGGAGCACAGCGAGGAAAGAUGUCCCAUGGUUUGGUGCCAGGCCCACCAGCGAAGGCAGCCCUGCGCGGACUGCGAGAAGGUUCCGUGUCCUAUAUGCCAAGUCAAGCAGGCCAACCAGGCUGCCUGUGACGCGCACCAAGAGGAAAGGCAUAGGUGUCCAAAAUGCGAAGGCCUCUUCCCCAACGCCGCAGAGCACCAGCAGCAGGAAUGCGCGAAGCGAGAUGUGACGUGUGGCAUCUGCUCGCAAGUCACGGCGUUUGAAGAUUCAGCAGCUCAUGCGGAAGGGCACCGUUGCAACAACUGCAAGGAGCUGGCGGCGCACCCGGAAGAUCGCUGUCACAUGGUGUACUGCGAGGAGCAUUCCUGCCUGAAGCCCUGCGUCCCUUGUGACUACCCCAAGCCCGAAUGGCUGGAUCUGAGCCAGAAGGGCUUCAACGUGGUCAUGGCCGGGCUUAGCAAUGUUGGGAAGUCCUCUUUAAUAAACCAUUUGUGCAAGGCAGCCGCAAAGGUUGGCCACGGACAGACAACAAUGGAAGCGACCCGCUACACGCUGGAUGUAUCAAGUGGCUAUGUUGAAGAGUUCCUUAAAAGCGCUGACUCCAUCCAUGGACCCUGCAUCCGGGAGAACUUGAAACGCGCAAAUGUUUGGGACCUGCCCGGGCACGGCACCCCGGAGUUCCCACCCAGUCGCUACAUCUCUGCAAUGGGCCUGCGCUACUUUGACUAUGUCGUCCUCGCGAUUUCAGGCACGGUGAUGGAAGUGGACGUUAAUCUGGUGAAUAUGUUGCGCAACUUGACGCCGCCUGUCAAGUGCCUGGUGGUGCAGGCCAAGGUGGACAUACCACUGACACAGGCUCUAGACCUUCUCCCCGAUGAUGCCACUCAUGAGCAAAUUGAGAGUGCUGCGCUGGAGUGCAUGGAGGGACUCCGAGAGCAGACUGCGAAGAACCUCGGGUGCGAUGUGCCAAUUUACCUCGUCUCGAACCCAGAAGAGAUCGGAAGGAGGAAUUUCUUCAAAAAUGAGAUAAAGCGGAUGAUCGAGACAUCGCCGUUUCUUGACAAGUUGCUAUUAGACAUCAUUGAGGCUCGCGCUGGCCAUAGGCUCCACCAGUCCUGGGAAGGUCCCUUGAGGAAAAUCGAGGAGCCUCGGCGCCAGCUGCUCAUCAGGCAGCUUCACAGCCUGCACGCUGAUUAG